AUGAACAACACCACCACAAAGAAACAGUAUGAGGCAAUCUGCACCAACUUCCUCCAUUCAAUCAACUACCAACUCCCGGAACAUACCACAGACUUUAGUUUCUACGAAACCGUCACCCACCUGAUCCUCGAACACGGCAUCGAGCCACACAAAGCAGCCAAAAUCGCCAGAACCGGCACCGCGGUAGCGGAAUAUUUCUAUCCUCUUCAUCCCCGCGGUACCAAGCUCGAGAUCGCGACUUUCACCGCACUUUUCUUCGUCACUGAAGAUUUGACUGAAUUGUGUCUCGAUGGAUUGAAGAACUUUUGCCAGAACAUCGUCCUGGGCAAUCCGCAACCCCAGGCCCUGCAGUCUUGGUUGGAUUGUAACCGUCGCUUGGAUGCUCUUUAUCCCCAGUUUAGCGUGGAUCGAAUCACGCAGGGAAUGAUGAAUUAUAUUAGUUCUGCGACUGUCGAACGGCUAAUCUGGAGGACUUUUUUUGUCAAAAGGCUCAUCGAGGAGCAGGAAGGAAUGGUGAAAGAGGAGUGA